GGGGAGGGCUGCCCCGGCCGCGCGCGAGCCCCGCGAUCGCCUUUAUAAGCCCGCGGGGUACUUGGCCGGGGCAGCGUUGCGCUCCCGCCCCUCCGCGUCCGCGCUCCCAGAGCACCGACCCCGCGUCCCUUGCGCCAGGACAGACCUUCGCCUACGAACUCUGAGCAGCCGACCAACUCUGCAAACUGGACGCAGUCCUGCAGAUGAAGAAACCUGUCCUGGAGAAGGGAGGUGACUUGUUCAAGAACAAGAGAUGCUACCUGGGGAGCUGGGGCUGGAGCCCUGGGGACCAGCUCCAGUGAUCUUGGAUUGGAACAUCAAUUAACUGCUGACCACUGGCAGCCCACCUUUCCCAGCCACAUCCAUCACACCUCUGGGCUCCAGAGAGAAAGCAGGUCUUGGAGUACGCCAUGAUUUCACCAUUCUUAGUGCUGGCUAUUGGUACCUGUCUUGCCAGCUCCUUAGUGCCAGAGAAAGAGAAAGAUCCCAAGUACUGGCGAGACCAAGCUCAGCAGACCCUGAAAAAUGCCCUGAGGCUUCAGACUCUCAACACCAACGUGGCUAAGAAUGUCAUCAUGUUCCUGGGAGAUGGCAUGGGCGUCUCCACCGUGACAGCUGCCCGCAUCCUCAAGGGUCAGCUCCACCACCACCCUGGAGAGGAGACCAAGCUGGAGAUGGACAAGUUUCCCUACGUGGCCCUCUCCAAGACAUACAACACCAACGCCCAGGUCCCCGAUAGCGCAGGCACCGCCACCGCCUACUUGUGCGGGGUGAAGGCCAAUGAGGGCACCGUGGGGGUGAGCGCAGCGACCCAGCGCUCCCAGUGCAACACCACUCAGGGCAACGAGGUCACCUCCAUCCUGCGCUGGGCCAAGGACGCAGGGAAAUCCGUGGGCAUCGUGACCACCACGCGCGUGAACCACGCCACCCCUAGCGCUUCCUACGCCCACUCCGCUGACCGGGACUGGUACUCGGACAACGAGAUGCCCCCGGAGGCCCUGAGCCAGGGCUGCAAAGACAUCGCCUACCAGCUCAUGCACAACGUUAAGGACAUUGAGGUGAUCAUGGGCGGCGGCCGGAAGUACAUGUUCCCCAAGAACAGAACCGAUGUGGAGUAUGAGCUGGAUGAGAAGGCCAGAGGCACGAGGCUGGACGGCCUGAACCUCAUUGACAUCUGGAAGAGCUUCAAACCGAAGCACAAGCACUCUCACUAUGUCUGGAACCGCACUGAUCUCCUGGCCCUUGACCCCCACACCGUGGACUACCUCUUGGGUCUCUUUGAGCCCGGGGACAUGCAGUAUGAACUCAACAGGAACAACGUGACUGACCCUUCACUCUCCGAGAUGGUAGAGAUGGCCAUCAGGAUCCUGAACAAGAACCCCAAAGGCUUCUUCCUGCUGGUGGAAGGGGGCAGGAUUGACCACGGGCACCACGAGGGCAAAGCCAAGCAGGCACUGCACGAGGCGGUGGAGAUGGACCAGGCCAUCGGGCAGGCGGGCGCUAUGACCUCCAUAGAAGACACACUGACCGUUGUCACCGCUGACCACUCCCACGUCUUUACCUUUGGCGGGUACACCCCCCGUGGCAACUCUAUCUUUGGUCUGGCCCCCAUGGUGAGUGACACAGACAAGAAGCCUUUCACCGCCAUCCUGUACGGCAACGGGCCCGGCUACAAGGUGGUGGGUGGUGAGCGAGAGAAUGUCUCCAUGGUGGACUAUGCUCACAAUAACUACCAGGCGCAGUCCGCGGUGCCCCUGCGCCACGAGACCCACGGCGGCGAGGACGUGGCCGUCUUUGCCAAGGGCCCCAUGGCGCACCUGCUGCACGGUGUCCACGAGCAGAACUACAUCCCCCACGUGAUGGCCUAUGCAGCCUGCGUCGGUGCCAACCGCGACCACUGUGCCUCAGCCAGCUCGUCCGGCAGCCCCUCCCCCGGGCCCCUGCUGCUCCCGCUGGCCCUGCUGCCCCUGGGCGGCCUGUUCUGAGGGCCCAGGGCCCGGGCACCCACCAGCCCAUGACCGAUGGCCGGUGCUGCCCACGGCCUGGCAGCCCACACCUCAAAGAGGCGGGAAGCAGAGCCUCUGCCGCUGCCGGCAAGGGGACCCAGGAAACCAAAGUCUGCCUGCCGCCCGCCUGGCUCCCCUCUGGAAUCCUCCACUGCGGCCAGAUCAGUUGCUGGCCUCCAGCCUCCCCCGCCACCCGCUGCCCCCUUUUGGCCGACAGGGUAGGUUUCUCUUGGGCAGGCAGAGAGCAUAGACUGCAGACCUUCUCAAAGCCUCUUAUUUUUCUAGCAACUCUAUUUCUGCAGACCCAGAGGCCCUGGAGCUUCCAUGGAACAUUCCGGAUCUGACCCUCCCCCAGCCCCUUCCCCGUCCCUCUGGAACCCACCAGGCUCAUGGCCAGUUCCCCAAGUCCAUCCCUAAAUGCAGGGGAGACCAGGUCCUCCGCAGGAGGGAGGGUUGCUCACUCACUCAUUCCAAGGUCGCCCCGGGGCUCCCAGGAAGUCGGUUCCGAGGACUGGCCAUCCAGCCCCGGGUGACCCAGGCUGGGAAGAGGAGCCUGGCAAAGCGGACGCUUCCCGGCUCUAAACACACAUGCCAGCUUCUCUCUGAAGGGACGCUCCUGUUCGAAACAGCCAAAAAAUUUUCUCUUUUUGGUGUUGGUUAAAAGGGAACACAAAACAUUUAAAUAAAACUUUCCAAAUAUUUCUGAGGA